GGGGUGGCAGAAAACGCAUUAGUCCAAGACGCAUCAAACCUCGUUUCUCGUUUUCCGUGGCGGGCGCGCCAUCUUGGAUUUACGUCCGAGAAGCCGGCACAGCGACAAUUUUACUAGGAAUUUCGGACUUAAGGUUCAUGUUACAAGAUUUUGCGCUCGACCUCCCGUUUGUCUGUGAAAGCAAGAUUUGUGUUCGUGAACCAUUCGACUCAGGAAUGCAUUAGGUACGCCGGAAUCCCUCAUAUUAAUAAAUCGGUCAUAUUUUAAAAGCUUAUGUUGGGCACCAGCUGCUUAAGAAGCAUCAUUCCCUUAUCCAGAGCUCUUACUCACCAGCCUGCACAAUGGCACUGCCCAGCAGGGCACGAGUGUAUGCUGAGGUAAAUUCUCACAAGCCACGAGAUUACUGGGACUAUGAGUCAUACGUAGUAGACUGGGCACAACAAGAUGAUUAUCAGUUGGUGCGUAAACUUGGGAGAGGGAAGUACAGUGAAGUCUUUGAAGCAAUGAAUAUUGCAAAAAAUGAACGUUGUGUAGUUAAAAUAUUAAAGCCUGUCAAGAAGAAGAAGAUUAAGAGAGAAAUUAAGAUCUUGGAAAACUUGCGUGGUGGCACUAAUAUUAUCACCCUGCAGGCAGUGGUGAAGGACCCGGUGUCCAGAACACCAGCACUCAUUUUUGAACAUGUCAACAAUACUGACUUCAAACAGCUGUAUCAAACCCUUACGGACUAUGACAUUCGCUACUACUUGUAUGAAUUAUUGAAGGCACUAGAUUACUGCCAUAGUAUGGGUAUCAUGCACAGGGAUGUCAAGCCCCACAAUGUCAUGAUUGACCAUGAGAACAGAAAAUUGAGGCUCAUUGAUUGGGGUCUUGCUGAGUUCUAUCAUCCUGGCCAAGAGUACAAUGUCAGAGUUGCCAGCCGCUACUUCAAGGGCCCAGAGCUGCUAGCAGACUACCAGAUGUACGAUUAUUCACUAGACAUGUGGUCACUGGGCUGCAUGUUGGCCAGUAUGAUCUUCAGGAAAGAGCCUUUCUUCCAUGGCCAUGACAAUUAUGAUCAGUUGGUCAGAAUUGCUAAGGUGCUGGGCACCGAGGAGUUGUUCGAGUACCUUGAGAAAUAUCAUGUUGAACUAGAUCCUAGGUUUAAUGAUAUUCUUGGCAGACAUUCACGUAAGCGAUGGGAAAGAUUUGUACACAUUGAUAACCAGCAUUUGGUUUCGCCGGAAGCUCUUGACUUCUUGGACAAGCUCCUGCGGUAUGACCACUAUGAGAGGUUGACUGCUCGGGAAGCGAUGGAACAUCCCUACUUUUAUCCCAUUGUGAAGGACCAGGGCCACCUCAACAUGGUCUCAUCCUCACCUACUCCUAUGUCAGGCACUGGGCCUGCAGGUGGAAAUUCUGUGAAUGUACACUUGCCUACCUCUCCGGUCAUCUUACCAACAACGGGCAGCAGUAAUUCGCAACCCUGACUUAUAAGAGCAUAUAAUUCCAACAAUAUAGAUAAAGAAACAAUUAGCAUUUCUUCAUUGUUAACCCAAUAAAGGAUGGGAAAACCUUCUUUGAUGACACACUAAGGUGACCUGCCUAAAUCUGUUUGUAUGAAAUUUUGAAGUGAUUGUUUUUUCAUUUCUAGUUACUACUGAUCAAACAGUUCUGUGUUGUGUAAGUGCGAGAGUGAUUGUAUGUAUGUGCUUGAAUGCCUGAAUAUUUUGUGGACAAUUUGCUGUUGGCUGUUUUUGAUAUUCCGUACACUGGUGUUUUGAUCUACCUUCAUUUUAUUUUAACAGUAAUGAUGAGUUAGCAACACAUCAGCGGGCAAUCAAAAUCACAUUUGACACUGUUUUGGAGAGUGUCUCACACAACAGCCCUAGGGCUCACUAUACUGUACUGUUGCUGUCCUUUUUUAUGUACUUUAGUUCAAGUAAUUUAAUAUUUUGUUGGCUAGAAACACAAAACAGAUUGAUAGCAAGAAAUUACAUUGGGAAGUAUAUGCCGGUUCAGUGUGAAGUGCUGUGCUCCUUCUGAGCUCUUAUGGUCUUCAGAGGCACCACUAGUUCUAUAUUGUACAUGAAUAUCAUUAAACAUCUUUUAUCCCAAGACAACCAAAUUCAUCUUUUUUGUGUAAUUAAUUUAUUAUAAUGCCUUGUCUCACCUUAGUUGAAUGGAAAGUAUGUUUCAGUAGUACUGUACACAUGCAUUUUACGUCUUGUCUGCUUGUGUCAUGUCUAUUUUAUAUUAAAUUUAUUUUUCUUGGAAUUUGAAUCUAUCAAACCAACCUUGUCCUGUUCCAUGAAAUGUGUUUGUAACCUUAGGCAGCUUACCUUUGUGGAUUCAUAAUCUGAUGCAUACUUUCCAUUCAAUACAAAUGACAAACAUGUUCUGACGAAAGCAGCAGGGCUCAAACCAAAUGAAGUGUAUAAAAGUCACCGUACUAAGGAAAUGUCUGCAGAUGGAGGCUAAGAUUGCAUGGAAGUAUGAUUGUGCAUCUUUUUUCCAGAGUAAUUCUACAUUAAUUACCAAAAUGUUGUAGGCAAAUGAUUUAUUAUGUAGAAAUUGUAACUGUUUGAAAACCUCGGUCCAAGUCUGAAAUACUGGGGCUUAUUUUACUGCUACCUUAUGAAAUCAACUCUAUCGAUUAGCUGUAUCCAUCGUGCACUGCCCGUUCACAUUGUGUAUGAUCUGUUUGUUGGUUUUUUUUUUGUGUUUUUUUUUUCUAUUUUAUUAUGGAAUUUAAAGUUAUUGCGAACAUUGUGCAACUACCGUAUUCCAGUGAUAUUGUUCGUGGUUUAGUUGGUUAAUCACUGAUAAUCCUAUGAAGUCUUUGAUAUCAUUUCCUGUACUGUGAACUUGUUGCUUCUUGCUGAGGACAUGUGACAUUUUGUUGUAUAUAUGUGCCGACAUACAGCAGCUGAUUAAAUGGAUGUUAUACAUU